UGGACCAUGCACUCUAAUUGUUUUAACCUCUACAGUAUAUGCAACAACGUGAAGUAUUUGGACUGAGAAUUAAAUUAAAACUUGAAUAUUUAUCUAAACCUGUUACAAGAAAAUACAUCUUGGUACUGUAUUGACUCUCUUUGCAUUGUAGCUUGUGCUACUUACUUACGGAAUCAGUCAACAACUUCAAUCCUUUUGUAUGUAGACAAAAUGCCAAACAAGGCUCAAGAGGAUGCUGUGAUCAAUAUGAAAUCUGUGCAGGAGAUCGCUAAGCAGUUAGGCUUUGAGUGGACCGUUCUGGCAUUUGAACUGGGAUUCACCAGGAAUGAAGUCAGACAGUUUCAUGCUACAUCCAAAGAGAAGAGGGUUCAGGCUCAGAGAAUGCUGGAAUCAUGGUAUGAGCGCUCAUGGGACAAACCAAACAAAACCAAGCUGUUGCAGGAUGGUCUAGAGCGAGCAGGCCGUCGUGACCUGGCUGAGAAACUGCGCUGCCUGCACUGGGGCCACCAGAAACUCAGCCGCAGGGUGGAACUUCCCUCUGCUUUCCCCUUCAUCAUUACAGUUCAUAAGACCAUUGACAACAAAGAUGCCUUGAGCAGGAUAAAUGUGCUUAAUUGCAAUUAUAACUAAGGCCAUUUGGCAAAGACGAUAAUGAGCGAUAGAAUGGGGUCCAAAAGUUUGAGAACACUAAUGAAAGUUCUUCUUUAUUGCCUUCUUGACUAAUUUAAUAAAUUUUUUGCAUAACAUAUUAUAUGAUCAGAAAAACAUUUACUUACAAAUUUUCAUGAAUUUGAGAAUUUCUUGGUAUUUGGUAUAAUCAUCUUUUGCUUUAAUACACACAAGCUGGCAUGGUCUCCAGAAGCUUAUUCAAGUUAUCCAGCAUGAUUUGAGAAUGUUCCAAAGAGAAUCUUUUGUGAAAAUCAGGAAAUCUGACCUUUUGUACAAAAGAGCUAACAUGGUCAAUGUCUCAAAUGUAGGCUACUUACAUUUGAUGAGUGACCUAGAAAUAGUGCAAAAUUUCUUCUUUAUGUUGCAUCAUACAUUUUAUUUUGAAUUUCAAAAUGUUCUGUUUAUUUCCAUGCUUUAAUUUAAAAAAAUUGCUCUUUUGGACCCCACUGUAUGUACAAGAAUAUUCACUAUAUAUAAUUCUUUUUUUUUUUUUUCAAAUAGACACCAUUCUUCCUGUAAUAAAUAAAAUAAAUAUUUUCAGUGUGGUCUCAGAGAUUUGGACCCCACUGUGCAUACAAGAAUAUAAAAAAUACCUUAUUUUAUUAUUAUUAUUUUUUAAAUAGACACACCUCACAAACCAUUUUACCUGUUAUCAAUUACAUGUGUCAAACUGAUUCAAUUCACUACUAUCAUUUAUUAAAAAUUCUUAUA